UCCAUUAUAAGUCUCACGAACACUUUGAGAAAAAUCUCGACUCUCUCUGUUUUCUUCUCCCCUUGUCUUCUUUCUAUCCAUCCAGUUUAAAAAAUCCACUCCUACUAAAUUGCUUGUCACCUAAUCCUCUUCCUCUUUUCUCCAUUCCCACAUCAAGUGAUUUCCGAAGAGAUUCUCCGAAUCUUCUCUCCCCUUUCCUCCCCUUCUUCCUCUUCUUCUUCGUCCUCCUGUGUUCUCUUUUCUUCUUUGGUUCUUGAAUCAUCAAGGGUCCUUGAGACAUAGCCAUGUGCGUGGAGGGUGGUGAAAAGAUGGAAACUUUAGACCUUUGCGAGGCCCGAAAUGAGAAAAGUUCUGAUCUUGCUGCGUCUCAUAUGGAAAGAAUAUGUGAGAACACAGUGGCCAUAGACAGCAAGCAAAAGCAGGUAAUAGAUUUUGUGCCAGUCAUUCGAUCAGGGGAGUGGUCUGAUAUUGGCAGCCGGAUGUAUAUGGAGGAUACCCAUGUGUGCAUCUCUGACUUGGCUAAGAAGUAUGGUUAUCCUUCACUGGAACAUGAGGCUGUUUCUUUUUAUGGAGUAUUUGAUGGACAUGGAGGGAAAGGUGCUGCACAUUUUGUCCGUGACAAUUUACCGAGGGUCAUUGUGGAAGAUGCUGAAUUCCCUCUUGAACUUGAAAAGGUAGUCACGAGGUCAUUUAUGCAAACUGAUACUCAGUUUGCAAAGACAUGCACUGUUCAGUCUACAAUGUCAUCUGGGACAACAGCACUUACUGCGAUGAUAUUUGGAAGAUCUCUAUUAGUUGCUAAUGCUGGAGACUGCCGAGCUGUGCUUUCCCGACUUGGGAUGGCAAUAGAAAUGUCUAAGGAUCACAGGCCCUGUUGUGUCACGGAACAAACGCGCAUUGAAUCUCUUGGUGGCUACAUUGAUGAUGGAUACUUGAAUGGUCAGCUUGCUGUUACCCGAGCUCUUGGUGAUUGGCAUCUGGAGGGCAUGAAAGAUGUUGGUGAGCGAGGUGGACCCUUGAGUGCUGAACCAGAACUUAAGAUGAUUACUUUAACAAAAGAUGACGAGUUCUUGAUAAUAGGCAGUGAUGGUAUAUGGGAUGUUUUCUCGAACCAAAAUGCUGUAGACUUUGCUCGGAGGAGGCUCCAAGAACACAAUGAUGUGAAAUUGUGUUGCAAGGAAUUAGUUGAGGAGGCAAUAAGGCGAGGGGCUAUCGACAAUCUGACUGCAGUUAUGGUAUGCUUCCACUUGGAACCCCCUGCUCAGAUGAGAGCACACAGGACUAGGGUACCAAGAAGCAUAUCGGCCGAGGGACUUUAUAAUGUUCAGCGCUUUUUAGAAGCUUAAGCAAAGGCAGGCUUUGCCUUUGUAGACUUUUGGUGCAUGCUUUGUCCAUAUAUUCUUGUUUGUCUAGUCCUAUAGAGGUGUCCAUCUUGAGUUAUCUGUAAAUUUGCUGCAUCUGAUGAGGCAGGAGUGGUGGUGCAUCCAGGGCUCUAUAAGCUCGUUAUUGUGAUGUUUAGGGAUGGAUGUGUAUGUAUGUAAAUAAGAUAGUAUUGAUGCUGAGAUUUGCAUCAGUGUGAUUAUGUGUAUAAACUAAAGUGCUAUUCAUCAUUGAUUCAAUAAAAUUGCAUUUUGCUGGUA